AUCAGUUUAGAGAUUUGGCCCGUACGAAAUUGGCUUUAUUUUAAAAAAAUUAAUAAAGGGCUGAAUUUUUAAGUGAAGAUGUUGAGAUUAGGCAUAGACAAGCAAAUAUGUAAGAAGCUGCAAGUUCUUUCUACAUGGCAUCGCUCGGCAUCGAGAUCACCGGCUGCAGCGGCUCCUGCGGCCUUGGCGAAUUCUUCACGCUCUGAUGCUGAGUACACAGAUGAGCCAAUUUAUCCAGAAAUACAUGAGUUAUCUUUUAAGGCGCAGAAGAAACGUGAAGCUCAAAGCUGGCAUGAGGAAAUUCGUAGAGUGCCCACAGUAGAAGAAAAAAUGAUAAAAAUUAACAUGCCACGAUAUUACGGAUUCAAAGUAGUUAAUUUGAGCGACUCGAAAGUGCCGUAUAAUUGCCUGCCUGCCAUCCAACAUUAUACUCGCACUAUUUAUGAAGAUAUUGAAGUCUCUGCCAAUCCAGCAGAAGGAAGUCCAGAAACAGGGAGUGAAAAACAGGAUGCUUUUGUGGAGUCAGUAAAAUCUGAUCUGCAAGACGCGCUUGAGCAUGCCUACGAUUAUUUUAGCCAUGAAUACGCUGAUACAUCCAACAUCGAGCCUAAAGAGCGGGCAACUAUCUUUUCCCGGAUUGUUGUUGAACAAGUCAACAGAACUCUUAUCAACGUAUUAUCUGGCGAUUUUGUUCAUCUUCAAGAAUCAGAAAUAGAUUACAGUCCAAGGCAUGAAGCCUCUUGGUCCGUCGGUGGAAUCAACCCACCAAAAAACGUCGUGAAAAGCAAGGAAGGACGCAAAUGGCAAAAAGAAAUGGCGGGAGAUCCUUAUGACCGAUUUAUGCAGUAUUCAGGCAGCCCUUACCUCGUAAUGCGUCAUCGAAAUCAACUAUCUCCAUGGAAAACCGAGGCGGAAUCAGUAAAUGCCGACUUAGCGAAAACGAUACCCCGAUAUAACUAUGACCCGCGCACUCUCGGAUACGUAUGUGGCCAUCAGCAUUUGACAAAUAUACCAGGAUUCUGGCCGGGCUGUACACAUCUUUUUGGCAAUAUUUCAUAUCAGUCACGAGCUUUUCAGCAUGCAUGGCCUGAUACGUACAGUGAUGAGGACUGCAAAGAAGCUUUACAUGCUCACGCUAUUCUGAGCAGCUAUUCUUGGUUACUAGCUCAAUCUAGCUACAAUGGCUUCAAUACGUUUAAUGAGCUCACUUAUCCGAUGAAUACGCAAACGGUAGUGACGAAUGGACGUGAUUGGUCCUUUUACGAAUACCAGUUGAACACAUUGCUUGUGCAUUCGCAUUAUGUCGAUGAUAAUCCGCGGGUUAAUUUUUGUCGCGGGACACCUGAACUGCAACUUUUUAGUGAAAUAAGUGAUGCUGGCAAAGUUGUUGAUUUAAACAAGGAUGUCUUACGACACCUCGUACGGUUUUAUGUGAAUGUGCCAACGGUGCAACGUUCAAGCGAGGAGCUACACCCCUAUUUGGGAACAGAUGUAAAGUACAUUGCUGAUUAUAAAAAUGCCGAGCAACGUGAAUUUCUGGAACGUACAUAUAAGAACUUGAUGUCAAAUCGACCCCGCCAUUUAGCCCUUCCUGAAAUUUACCUUUGGGAAAAGAUCUAUAAGAUUGAUAACAAAACUAGACCAAUGGAACCUAAACGGCGCUUCUUUGAGUUAGAUAUUAAUCCUUGGGCGCGUAAAUUGGAUCAACAUCAAAAGGAGUAUAUACCACGCGCAAUUCGUCCAGAUCGCUCCAAGAGGGAAAAAAGGUGGAAACAGACUUAUUAUCCGUAGUUAGGUGGUAUUUGUACACGCAAUGAGUUAAAGUAAAAUUUGAGAGUAAAUUAAAACAAUUCAAAUUGUUAAAAAAAAUUUUAUUCCUUAAAUAGAUGUAUGCAUGUAUGGGUGUGACCGUCAACCA